AUGUUUCCAGAAAUGAAUUCACCUCUUGAGAUGUCGACCGAGAACAAUCAAACGAUAAUUUCUCAUGAUGGAAUUGCCUUGUUGAGAUAUUUGCAUGAACUAGAAGGAGGAACGCUACAGUGGGAAGUGAUUUUGAAACAAAAUUUAACAACGAUGAGAGGUGAGAAUUUUGUGUUGGUGUUGGCUCAUUCCGAUUAUGUCAAUGAAACGAAUAUUGGGAAAUAUUUUAGAAAUAAUGAAACAAAAUAUGUGAUUGAAUUGGGAUCAUCUUUGGAAGGCAUUCGAAACGAGACGAAAAAGCUCUUGCAACUUCAAGAUUUCUUUAGCGACAAGUAUAAUUUAUAUGAUUUGAAAAUUAUUUAUUCUUCUCCAGAAAAUUCAGAAGAACAACCUAAAGCCGUUACUGCAGUCAUUGUGAAAUGUGCAGGAAUUGUGAAAAAUAUUUGCAAUGCUGUCUCACCUGUUCUGUCCUAUAAUUUGAGAAAUUGGAAAAUGUGGGUCGUGUUAUUACUCACAUUAAUCAUGUUGGUUUUCCUAAUUCUGGAUUUCUUUCGGCCUUACUUUGUGGUUUUUGCAACACUUGUCCUUUUCACAUUGUUGGAUGUUAUUUCUGUGAAUGAAGCUCUUGAAGGUUUCAGCAAUGAGGGCAUGAUCACCAUUGGUUUACUCUUUGCCAUUGUUCAUCCACUCAGCCACAAUCCCAUCCUAUUGAAACUCUCUAAAAUCAUGUUCGGAAAACCUAGAUUCCUUCCACUUACUCUUUUCAGAAUUAUUUUCCCAAUUGCACUCCUCUCCAUGUUUUUAAACAAUACACCCAUAGUGGUGGCUUUCACACCACUCAUUGUAGAAUGGGCUCGUGAACAUGACAUUUCCCCCAGUAAGAUUCUCAUUCCACUUUCGUAUGCAACAGUUGCUGGAGGUUUGUGUACCAUUAUUGGUACUUCCACCAAUUUAGUUGCCUCUGGUUUAUUAGAGAGCUAUGGAUAUCAAUCUUUUUCUUUCUUUGAAUUAAUUUAUAUUGGAGGAAUUUUACUGGUCACCAUGAUUACCUAUUUGUGUCUCGUUGGAGUUUGGAUUUUACCAAAUUAUAAGGCGCAAGGAAUGAUGGAUGCCUAUUCAAAAGAAGCAGGAGAGAAAUUUGUCACACAAAUUCAAAUUCAUGAAAAAUCACCACUUGUGGAUAAAUCCAAGAAAUCCAUCUUGACAAAUAUUGGGCUUAAAUCAUUGGAUAUUGUGAAAGUGAAAAGAAAAAUUGAAACCACACAAGAUUUGGAAGUUUCACAAAAUACCACUGUCACUAGUGUCGAAAGUAUUUCCCCAGUUCCACCCGAAUUUAAAAUUCAAAAGAACGAUCUUGUAUUUUUCAAUGGUUUACCAGAAGAUAUUAUGAACUUGCAUUCCAUUACUGGAAUUCAAAAAAGAUUACAAAAUUCGACCAUGUUUGUAGAACCACCUGCUGGAGAGGUCUCUUCAAACGAUUCAAAUUCUCUCUUUAAAUCCAUUUUGAAGAAAAUUCAAAAGAAGAAGAAUGUUGAAGAAGAGGAAGAAGCUAAAACCAUGCUCAUGUCCUUCAAAGAUAACAUUCAAAAGAAUUAUAGCUCUCUCGACGAGUCUCAAAACAAUAGUCCACUCUUGGGACAGUCAGGAUUUGACUCUCCCAUCAUGUUGUCACAAACAGAUGACAUUAAAAUGUCAGCAGCCAGUACCACAGAGGACGAAAUUGUCAACAAUCAGCCCAAUACUAACGACACAGAAUCUCCAACCAAACUCCAUUCCAAAAAGCCAAAACAACUCUCAGCUGAUUUCAUCUUCCUAGAACUGGUCGUUUCCAAUAGUAAUCCGCUCAUUGGUUCUGAUUAUUUAUCAUUUGAAAAGCAUUAUCAAUGCAUGGUUUUAGCUGUGAAACACAGACAAUCUUUAUUAGAAGUUUCCACAUCAGCAACAACAUCUGCUGAAACCGAAGAUGUUCAAAUGAAAUCCGUUUCCGCAGGUGACUCGGUGUUAGUCAUUUCUCGAGAUGAUUUUUAUGAAAAGUGGAAUGAAACAAGAGACUUUUUUGUCAUUUCUCGAUCCAAUGUAGAUCCUAAAGAAGAUGUCAGAAAAUAUGUGAUUAAAUUUAGAGGAAAGGAAUUCAAUUUAUGGUGGUGGGAAUAUAUGGUUAUUCCAAUAUUUAUUGGAAUGAUUACAGCAGCGACUGCAGGAGUUCCAAUGAUUAAGUGUGUCAUGCUGAGUGUUGUAUUAAUGGUAGUUUUUCGAUUAAUUAAUCCUACCAAAGCCGUUUCAGUAGUGGACUGGCAACUUUUACUUCUCAUUGGUUCGAGUUUUGGCGUUGGUCUCGCCAUCAAAAACAGCGGAUUUGCAGAAGCCCUUGCAGAACUUGUGGUUUAUUUGAAUAUUCCAAAAGAAAUUCUUCCAGCCAUCAUCUUCUUAGUGACUCAAGUGUGCAGUGCAGUCAUUACUAACACAGCAGCAGUGAGUAUUAAUUUACCACUUGCACUUGCAAUUGCACAAGCGAAUGGUUUGAAUGAACGAAUGUUUGGAAUUGUGGUGACAGUUGCAGCUUCCUCGGAUUUCACAUCUCCUAUUGGAUCGACGACUAAUUUGGUGGUGCAAGGACCUGGAUCUUACAAAUUUUUCGAUUUUACCAAAGUAGGGCUUCCUUUGAAUAUCAUUUUCUUAUUAAUUUCUGGAACUUUGAUUCCUGUAAUAUGGGGAAUGUACACUCCAAAUUUUUAA